AUGAUUACUGAAUCCGCCUUUCAGGCAUUCUCACCCGAAUCCCUGUCAUCCAUACGGACCAUCUCUUCCCUCUCCAUACUUCUACUUACCUUCCUCAUCUCACUUCCUCCCUUCAAACCAGUCAGACGAUUCUUUCAUUCCCUCGUAUCCGAUCUCGUACCACUGCAAUCCUUAGUACCCGCAGAGCCUCCAUCCAAGGACGAACGGGAUGAAGAACAUAGAAGAAGACCCAACGUAUGGCGAGAAGCCGUUUUGGCUGUUCUCUCCCUCGUCGAGGCAUCCUGUUGGAUUGGUAUAACAGGCUGGCAGAUUCUCGGUGUAGCUCACAGAGAUGGGAGUGAGAAGAUAACCGGUAUAUUGGCUUCUGCUGGUAUGGUGUUAGUCUGGAUCGCAUUCUUCCUCCAAUUCACUUUAAGACCAUUGACCACCCCACCAUACUCGACCAUCUCAAUCCUAUUCAUCCUUUUGACAAUCUCACUUUGCUCGCUCGGAAACGCAUGGUAUAUCCAGACAGUCACACAUCAACUUCCAUUUUGGGCGACCAAAUGGAAAUUUACGUUUGAGAUCGGGAACAUUCUCUGUGUUUCGAUAAUGUUGUUGGUGUUGUUUGGGCUCAAGUUAGCUGGUCCAGAGGUCCUUUCGAGAUUGCCCGAAGUAUCAUUAGAUGACGACGUAACGCUUUACUCGUGGCUAUCGUUCAACUGGGUAAACCAAUUCAUCCUUGAAGGAGCAGCAAAGGAAUUAGAACCGGAGGACCUACCAAAAUUAUCUCUAACUCAACAAACCUCAGUCGUGUUCGAUCGCUUCAGACAACUCAAAACUAGUUCAUUGCUGAAACAGAUCUUCUUAGCGAAUAGAUUAGAUUUAGGGCUAGAUGCUGGUUUGACUCUGCUGGCUGUGGUAUUCAACUAUGCUGGCCCUUAUUUCCUCAAAAAGAUCUUGGACGGACUUGACAACAAAUCACCCAAAGCUAUGUCGCAAGCGUAUAUAUUCGCUUUCUUAGCAUUCCUUGCUUCCACGCUCAAGGCUCUGGUGGAUCUUCUUCAUCUGUGGCAUGGUCGAAGAGCGACCCUCAGGAUCAAAGCCGAACUUACAGCUGCAAUCUAUGAUAAAGCGCUAAGAAGGAAAGAUGCAUCUGGGGUAGUAGCCGCCAAAGAAGAUGAAAGCAAGGAUAAAGAAGGCGGUAACGCGGAAAAGAAGAGUAAUGCGGAUAGUGGAAAGGUCGUCAAUCUCAUGGCAGGCGACACCAAUCGGAUCGGAAACACUGUCAGUGGAGGGUACUACAUUUACGGUGCACCAUUCGAAAUAAUCGUUGCCUCUGUGUUCCUCUAUAACAUCCUCGGCUGGUCUGCGUUUGCCGGUGUAGUCGUGCUCCUCGUUGCUACUCCACUGAACUCAUUCGUCUCCAAGAGAAGUGUCAAGAUCACUCAGGAGUUGCUCAAAGCUAGAGACAAGCGAAUUGGAGUUAUGAACGAGUUGAUCGGAGCUAUCCAAUUUAUCAAAUUCUUCGCCUGGAUCGAACAAUGGAAAAACCGAGCCGCCGAUGCCAGAGCUAAAGAAAUGAAACAAAUGGUUCGGUCACUAUUCAAUGGAAUCUGGUUCUCACUCCUUUGGUCACUUGCUCCAAUCUUCGUCACUUUGGUCUCUUUCUUCUGCUACAUCGUCAUCGCUAAACGAGAAUUAACCGUAUCUGUCGCUUUCACUGCCAUUUCAUUAUUCUCGAUGCUCCGAAUGCCUCUCAACGUCAUCCCCACUUUCGUAGUUAUCCUGCUUCAAGCUCACGUAUCUGUCAAGCGUAUCGAAGAUUUCUUAGCUGAAGAUGAAGUUCCAGAUUGGGUAUGUUCCCUCAAGCGGUCAUCCGAUCCUAAAGAUGUUGCUCCUACCAAGAUAGGAUUUGAGAACGCUUCCUUCAGAUGGAAUACGGGCAAACAAUCCGAUCCUUCUCCUUCAAAACCUACCACCACAGUUGAGCCACCUUCACCACAGAGAAGUACGAGUACCACUGCGGUUGAUUCUACCGAAUCGCCUCAGGAGGACGGAGAGAGUUAUUUCACUCUGUCAGAUUUGAAUGUGGACUUUCCCAUAGGUAAAUUAUCGGUUAUCACUGGACCUACUGGAUCAGGUAAAACGGCAAUCUUGAUUGCGUUAUUAGGUGAAAUGGAAUUACUUAAUGGGAAAUCAUAUCUGCCGAAAAAUUAUACGCAAGUGAACGAAGAUGGAUUAAGGAAUUCGAUCGCCUAUGCCUCUCAGACUCCGUGGUUGCAGCAAAAGAGUAUUAAGGAUAAUAUCUUAUUCGGAGAAGAGUUUGAUGAGGAUAGGUAUGAAAUGGUAUUGGAUGCUUGUGCUUUAAACCCCGAUCUGGAUAUGUUGGAAGAUGGUGAUCAGACUGAAAUCGGUGCCAAAGGAGUAUCAUUGAGUGGUGGUCAAAAAGCUCGAGUCGCUCUUGCCCGAGCCGUAUACUCCUACACACAGCAUGUUCUACUCGAUGAUCCGCUUGCAGCUGUCGACUCACAUACUGCCAAACACCUGACUGAUAGAUGUUUGAAUGGACCGAUUUUAGAAGGGCGUACCGUGAUCCUCGUGUCCCACCAUGUUGAACUUCUCCUUCCCUCGUCUGAUUAUCUUAUACGUAUUCUGGACGGCAGGAUAGAUGCGCAGGGUACACCUGACGAGCUACGAUCAGCAGGAGAACUGGAUGGUCUAGUAGCGCUAGAGGAGGCCGAAGUGACGAAAUCUGAAGCUAUAGUAGCCAAAGAAGAGGUCGCAGAAGAGGUCGAGGCUGUUGAUGCGGCUGAGAAGAAGGUCAAGAAGAAAGGUCCAGGAAAGAAAUUGAUUCAAGACGAGGAACGAGCCGUCGGAAACGUCAAAUGGGAGACAUACAAGCUUUAUAUCGUCGCUGCUACCUACGUUACUUGGGUAUGGACCCUCAUGGUGCUAUUGCUCAAUCAAGGGUUGACCAUCGCCGAACGAUGGUGGCUCAAAGUAUGGGGUGAAGCUUAUACCACCCGAUUCACAAGUCACGACACCUUGUUCACCCUUUUCAAACCUGCUGUAAUGGACCCGACUCAAUACUACCAUCACACAGAUUUGCAUCAACACGUUUUGCAUCAUACUACUCGUGUGAUGAUCUCUAACAUCACCGACAUAGCUCCGGCAAUGAGAGGAAUCAAAUCACACUUCCCUCCUGCUCAGACUAACCCCGGCUUCUAUCUGACUGUCUACACUGGUAUCGUCCUCGGCGCGGCCCUCUUCGGAGUUGCUUCUAGUGCGGUCGGAUCUUGGAGCUCUUAUCGAGCGGCGAUUAAUUUGCACGACAGGCUAUUAGAUCGAGUUAUGCGAUCUACCGUACGAUUCUUCAACACUACCCCUGUGGGCCGAAUCAUCAAUCGAUUCUCCCGAGAUGUCGAAACUAUCGAUUCGUCUCUCAAUGGUGCUCUCAGAACCGUCAUCAUAUAUGUAGCAAGUUUGAUCGGUGCUAUCGCCGUCGUAGCUGCUAUUGUGCCAUGGUUUUUAGUGCCUGCUGCUGUCAUCAGUUAUCUGUACUAUCAAUAUUCCGUAGUCUACCUGAGAGUCGGACGAAGUCUGAGACGUUUGGAGGCUACUCUUAAAUCUCCCAUAUUCUCCGGUUUUGCCGAGCUCCUCGAUGGUGUUAUUUCUGUUCGAGCUUUCUCGGUAGAAGCAAGAUUCAUGAAACAAUUAUGUGAGCAGGUUGAUAAGACUCAUCAGGCCUUCUAUUACUACUGGAUGAUGAAUCGAUGGCUCCUGCUCCGAUUUGAUGUCCUAGGAGCCGUCUCAGUGUUCCUAACCACUCUCUUCGCUUUGAGUGGUGCUGUCCCAGCGGGAUCAGCAGGUAUGGCCAUCGUAUCAGCUCAAUCUUUCGUUUCAGCUUGUUACUGGGUAUCAAGGUUUUGGGGACAAUUGGAAAUGGAUUUCAACUCUGUCGAACGAGUGCAAGAAUACCUUUCAUUACCUCAAGAACCGCCUUCUGUCAUUCCUUCUAAUCGUCCACCUGCUUAUUGGCCCUCUACAAACACCAAGGAUCAUUUCCUCAGCGUCAGAGAAUUAGAGAUCAAAUACGCGCCAGACUUACCUACCGUCUUCAAGGGUUCUUUCGAUAUCAAAGCUGGGGAGAAGAUUGGUUUGAUCGGUAGGACAGGUAGUGGGAAAUCUACUUUGGCAAUGAGUUUGUUGAGGUUUGCGGAACCUUAUGGAGGUACUAUAUGGCUGGAUGGAAUUGAUAUCACCAAGAUUGGUGUAGAUGAUCUGCGAUCUCGAAUCACUUAUAUUCCUCAAGAUGCGGUCUUAUUCUCCGGCACUGUUCGAGAAAAUUUGGAUCCGUUCAAUGAGCACACCGAUGAAGAGCUUUUGGACGCUCUUUCGAGGGUCAACUUAGGUCCUUCAGAAUCCCCACCCGCUAGUAGAGUUCCAUCUAGAGUACCUUCUUCCAAGCGAUUAGGAGCUCUUGCUGCUGAAGAUGCCUUGAGGGCCAGCUCGCCCGCUCCGUCUGGAUCUACCGGUCUGGGCUCAAAGUCAAUCAUAACGCUCACUACGGAGGUGUCGGCGGGCGGAAGCAAUUUCUCACAGGGUCAGAGACAGCUGGUAGCCAUGGCUAGAGCGUUAUUGCGAAGGAGUAAUCUAAUUAUAAUGGACGAAGCUACGGCCUCGGUGGAUUUUGCAACGGACGAAGCUAUCCAAGCUGCUAUUCGAUCAGAAUUCAAAUCUUCCACUUUGCUCACUAUAGCCCAUCGUCUUUCGUCUGUCAUCGAUUAUGAUAGAUUGUUAGUUCUUUCAGAUGGGAAAGUAGCUGAAUUCGAUACCCCUAUCAAUCUCUUACGAAAAGACGAUUCACUCUUCAAAUCCCUCUGCGAGAAAUCAGGUAAAUACAAAGAACUUUACAAAGCGGCCGAGAAGAAAGAGAAAGGCGAAGAAGAAUAG